UAGCAUUGUGCCAUGAUUGCGGGACUAUGAAAGUUUGAACGAUCAAGUUUGUAAUUUAUGGGACAAAAGGCAGUUUGAUGCAGAAAAGAGUUACUACCAAGUCUCAUCACAACUUGAUGUAUCACUACGCUUUUAACUACCUCUGCGUGUGUCUUUCAUUAUGGAGAGGCCCGCAAGAUAUCCAAGCAAGCACAAGGGAAAGUAUUGCGUGCUCAUUUGACGCCAGCUUAUGUGGUUGGCAACAGUCUUCAAAAGACAACUUUGAUUGGACUCUGCAGUCUGGGCUGACUCCUACUGAAGAUACUGGGCCAAGGAAUGGAGAUCACACGACCGGGGGAGGGAAAUACCUUUACACCGAAGCUGACUAUCCAAGGAAGAAAAAUGACAUUGCUCAGAUUAUUUCACCGUCUUUCUCUGGUGCUUUUUGUGUCUCAUUCUUCUAUCACAUGCAUGGAGCUGCCGUGGGUGGCUUACGGUUACUAGUCACUAGUGAUGACAGAGCUGUGUUUGAAAUAAGUGGAGAGCAAGGAUGUGAUUGGAUACAAGCUCAAGUAGUCAUAAAUGGAUCAAAAAGCAAGCUAACGUUUGAAGGGAGACUGGGCACUGGGGACCAAGGAGAUCUUUCAUUGGACGAUGUAUCUGUGACAGAUGUUUGUAAUGGUACGACGACUUCAAGGCAAAAAUCAAAUGAGAUAUACCUCAGUAGCAGCAUGUUUUACCUCUUAGAGGGUUUCUCAAAAGAGUCGUACAGACGAGGGCAUCUGUCUGUGGGAUGGAGUCUUCACAACGAAACGGCCCUUUUCGAAAGGCCUCUGGCUGGAAACCAUACGACGUGGACCCUACCAGGUUCUUCAAACAUUUCCUCUGAGUAG